UCCUCCUUCCUCUUAAUCCCUAAUAAUUACAUUAUAUAAACAGCCAGCCCGAUCCAUCAGCCGUCAUCCUUUCCAUCCUUUCUUAAACCCUAGAUAGCCGAGACACACCGAGAGAGAGAGAGAGAGAGGGAGAGAGAGAGAGAGCAGCUCAAGCGAUCCCCUGCCCUUGCGCGUGAUUCAACGACUCAAGCGAUCGCGGUUGCAGCAGCCAGAGGGAGGUAGCGACUCAAAAUGGCGUCAACGUUCGGGACAUGUCGCCUCAACAAGCCAGCAACUGCUGCUUUUGCGACCAACAAGACCCUCCUCCUUUCGCCCCCGGUUGUUUCCCUCCCACGCCAAAUGAAAAUGAGGCCCCAGAGGAAGUGCCGUCUCACAGUAAAUGCAGCAAAGGAGCUCCAUUUCAACAAGGAUGGCUCGGCUAUCAGGAAACUUCAGAAUGGGGUCAAUAAGCUUGCAGAUCUCGUUGGGGUUACUCUUGGUCCAAAAGGACGAAAUGUAGUCCUUGAGAGCAAGUAUGGCUCACCUAAAAUCGUCAAUGAUGGAGUCACUGUCGCAAAGGAGGUUGAGCUGGAGGACCCUGUUGAAAACAUUGGAGCUAAAUUGGUCCGCCAAGCUGCUGCUAAAACAAAUGAUUUGGCUGGUGAUGGGACAACCACUUCGGUCGUCCUUGCUCAAGGGAUGAUUACUGAGGGUGUAAAGAUUGUAGCUGCUGGUGCUAAUCCAGUGCAGAUCACCCGGGGUAUUGAGAAAACAGCCAAAGCACUAGUAAAUGAACUCCAAAAGAUGUCCAAGGAGGUUGAGGAUAGUGAGCUGGCUGAUGUUGCUGCAGUAAGCGCUGGAAAUAACUACGAAAUUGGGAAUAUUAUAGCUGAGGCUAUGAGCAAGGUUGGACGGCAGGGAGUGGUCACCCUUGAAGAAGGAAAGAGUGCUGAAAAUAACCUCUAUGUUGUUGAGGGAAUGCAGUUCGAUCGUGGUUAUAUUUCUCCCUACUUUGUGACUGACAGUGAAAAAAUGACAGUGGAGUAUGAGAAUUGCAAGCUGCUCCUUGUGGACAAGAAAAUUAACAAUGCAAGAGAUCUUAUCACUAUUCUGGAGGACUCUAUUAGAGGUGGGUAUCCAAUUCUGAUAGUCGCAGAGGAUAUUGAGCAGGAAGCUCUUGCAACCCUUGUGGUUAAUAGGCUUAGAGGUGCAUUGAAAGUUGCUGCUAUCAAGGCCCCUGGCUUUGGAGAGCGCAAGAGUCAAUACCUGGAUGACAUUGCUACUCUCACUGGAGGCACUGUCAUCAGAGAUGAAGUUGGGUUGUCCCUAGAGAAGGCAGACAAGGAGGUCCUAGGAACUGCUGCCAAGAUUGUAGUUACUAAGGAUUCAACAACAAUAGUUGGAGAUGGUACUACACAGGAGGAAGUAAACAAAAGGGUGAUGCAAAUCAAGAGCCAGAUUGAGGCAACUGAUCAAGAAUAUGAGAGAGAAAAGCUCAACGAGAGGAUUGCUAAACUGUCUGGUGGUGUUGCUGUUAUUCAGGUGGGAGCACAGACAGAAACUGAGCUUAAGGAAAAGAAACUGAGGGUUGAAGAUGCCCUUAAUGCUACAAAGGCAGCAGUUGAGGAAGGCAUUGUUGUAGGUGGUGGCUGUACCCUUUUAAGGCUUGCAUCAAAAGUUGAUGCCAUUAUAGAAACCCUUGAGAAUGAUGAACAGAGGGUCGGGGCUGAAAUUGUAAGGAAGUCCUUGAGCUAUCCACUUAAAUUGAUUGCAAAGAAUGCGGGUGUUAAUGGCAGUGUGGUUAUCGAGAAGGUUCUUGCCAAUGAGAACUUCAGGUAUGGUUACAAUGCAGCUACAGGGAACUAUGAGGAUUUGAUGGCUGCUGGUAUUAUUGAUCCCACCAAGGUUGUGAGGUGUUGCUUGGAGCAUGCUGCCUCAGUGGCAAAAACUUUCAUCACUUCUGAUGCUGUUGUGGUUGACAUCAAGGUGCCCGAGCAAGCACCUGCUGCAAACCCAAUGGGUGGUGGUGGCUCAGGUUUUGGAUUCUAGAAAAAUUUCUGGAGAUGAGCUUCCACUCCCUUCCCGCGGCAUGGCAUGUUACUUUUGAGGAGGAACUUCAUUCUGUUGUUAUUAAAGCGUUGAAGCGGCAGCAAAUCUGUUAUGAGUGAUCUAUCAAUACCUGAACAAUGAAUCUUGCAUGCAGUUGGUAGGCGUUGCGUGAAUGAUACUUGCAUGUAACUGUUGCCAGAACAGAUGAACAGCAACUUAUUGAUGACUGGCUGUUCCAGUCUUUUAGAGUCUUGAAAAAAAAAAUCCUGUUAGAGGAUUAGUUUUGCGAUCACUUAGUAGGCACUUACAGAUUUGUUAGCGGCUUCCCGUAAAAACAAGACUGUCUGUUAAUGUUAGACAUUGACACGUUGGCUA